AUGCCUCGUAAGAGAAAAAAUCAUCAAGAGGUUCGUACUUUCAAAAAGUUCAAGACCGAUGCCAACUGUCAACCAGUAUUGAAGGUUGCGGGACCGAACCUUCCAUUAAAACAUUUUUUUACGGGAAAUGGUAUCCGUGACAAUUGCUUGAAAUUAUUUUAUCAAUCGUUGUUGGAAGCAUGUGAAGAUAAGAACGACGAAGAAACGCAACACAAGAUGGCAAUACUAGCAAAGAAAAUAGAAGAGCGCAUCUUCAUUCACACCGGAUCCAAACCUUUGGAUACAAAGUACAAGUCAUGCUCCAGAAGUAAAUUGUGGAAUUUGCGAGACAAGAAUAACCCAGAAUUCGUGGGUAAUGUCAUUAGAGGGGUGAUCAAAGCGGAGGAUGUUUGUAGAUUGUCAGGAGAUGAGAUGCUCAGUCGGGAAAGGUUGAAUCAAAAGCAAUUUGAAUUUAAGAAGAUCGUUGAAAGGUCCAUAAGGCAUGAGUCGGAAUUGGUGCCGAUGAAGUUGGAGGCGGAUGGUUCAUUAGGUUCUUGCAUGUCUGGUGGUAGUGGAGGGACUGUUUGGGUUUCUCGUGACAUGGUCAACAAGCCUGAUGGCUUGUAUGGUUGA